GUGAUUCAUAUCGAAACUUUGUUUCAUGUUUCACUUGUAUUCUGUCUUAGUGUGAUAAUUCCUUAAAUGCUGUUUAUUAAUAAGAAGCGGGAGUAGAGUAUGAUAAAGUUGUAAUCUGCCAAUUUCUUCAGUACCGUAAAGGCGACGGUUCACGUGAUAGCCAAUAUGGCAGUCAAUCUAUCGAAUAUGGGAUUGUCUAUUUAAGCACUUAACCAUUAUUAAGAGAUGAUAUAUUCAUGGGGCAAAACAGUCGAAUAAAACAAACAUUGUUUGCAAGAAAUCUUCCUGUGUCUUUUGAGUAGCGACCACAUUGUGGUCGUUAUUAUCAAGCGCCGAAUACGAAAAGUAAGAAUUCAUAAUUAAUAUAGCUUCACGGGCAUUCAAACUACGUGUAAAUCUACCUAACUGCAAGAUUGUCUGCUUCAAUUUUUACCGGCCUUAUUUGUUACGGCUCAAUUUUUGUUGUCGACUCAGGUACUACCUAAAAGUACCCCGGGUACUCUUGUAUAUGCUGCAAUGUACCCCAGGUAUGGAUAUACGCUAAAAGUCAUCAGCCAUACUUCGGGCUACUUUUUAGUAUAUGUUCCAUACCACGGAUACUUUGUGUAUUCUUACAGAAUAUCCGGUGAACUUUUAAGUAGUUCCUGAGCAAACAACGAUCACAUGAGUUGUAUUAAGUGUUGAAUACUGGAUAUAAUAGUCUUCUCUUCAUAAAAUGAAACUGUUUGGAAAACUAUUUGGAUUAUUAUACCAUGCACAUCCGCAUGCUAAAAUAAAUAAGUUUACUGGUGCAUGGACACAUGUGCCAACAUGUAUCUUAAGUAUUAAUCUGCACGUAAUAAAAAUGAUAUAGUCUAGACGACUGGCCAAGCUCUGAAGUGGGUUAUUGUCUAAGUAUCCUAUAUAUUUGGCCGUCUGAAAGAAGGCAAUCAUAACAGCCGCUAUUUAAGCCACGGUCAUUUAAGUAAAGUUCACGUGCGAGAAAAAAUUCUUGGACCAAAAACGGACGCUCGUAUAUUUAGGCCUCGCACGUGGUAAUGUAUUUUCUUACUUUCUGUAUUAUUCAUAAUAUUAUUCUGAAAUAAUCGUAUAUGUCAACAUAACCUAUAAACACAUGAAUUCAAAAAUAUUAAACAUGAAUUGACAAACAAACGUAUUUAAGAGGUAUGCAGCCAAUUAAACAUAUAUAUUUUUUAAUCGCAUCAGAUAGCCAAUAAUUUUAUAAUGCAAUAUCCCGACGAAUAUAUUCUUAUAUUUUAAGUUAUAAUUAAACUUUUUACCGAUAUUACAUAGUAAGGUAAUGAGCGGAUGAAUCCAAAUUCGCACGUUUUAACGAAAUAUUACGUAAAUACAACACCAAAUGCAUUUGCAUUAAUAUUACAAUACUUCGCUCAUUUCAUUGCCACUGAUUUGAUGGUGCAGACAUGUCCAUGCGGAUCAGUUUACAUAUUAUUAUGAUAUUCAUGAUCGUAUUUGUUCUAUUUAACACUCUUGAUUUCCUGUCAAACACCUGUAUAUUUGUGCAGACAUUAGUAUGGAUAUACGGUCAACAGAUCUCUUUAUACAUGAUUGUGAUGUAAACUCAUCUGCUAUGUGGCAUAUCGAAUCUAACUGCAGCACUGUAUAAAUGGCUGAUGGAGGUACCAGACGUGAUGUACCAGGAUGGGUCCUUAGACAGGGCAGUGUGUCAAGCGGUCACGAUCUGUUUCGAUUCGAAUUUGCCUCAGCAGAGACGUGUACUUUGAUGAAUGUUCUGGGCUAUGGGACUCACAUCCGACAGGCGCGAAGAGACGCAUACAAGGUGCAUGACAAGAUUUUUACUGCAAGGGCGCGUGGUAGUGUAACGUGGAUCACCACGGGUAGCAAGGCUGAGGGUCUGACCAGCUACCUGGAGAGUGAUAGAGACUACAUGUGUGUAACAAAACGUGUCAUCUGUUUAGAAGAAGGAGUUGAUUCAAGUAACGUUCCUGGCGAGACGAACAUAUUCAGAUCAUGCAGUCGUAUUAGUUACCCUAGACAUUGUAGUCUGCUACUUGAGAGAUACGGUACACGUAUUCCUACUGUAGUGUACAAUGCCUUGUGUGAUGAUGGAAAUGGUCGCGGACUCUUAAGCAGCGACCUAUAUGUAGAUCAGUGUUCGAACCUUAAACCUGUUGACGGCACAGUACAACAUAAGCGUGCCGGACCGUCAACGCCAUAUACAGUUGGUGGUAAUGGACACGAAGAUCAUGUGUAUGCACUACAUUUUUACUGCCCCAGCAUCCUAACAAGAUGGGCGACAAGACCCCGCAACUGGCCAUCACCUGCCGUCGUUCAGGAGGUUGAAUCACUAGGAGCAUUUGUUUCUCCUGUUGGAGUUAAAGGCAGCGAUUAUGAACAUGUUGAAUGGAGAAUGUGUUUCAACACCGGAGAAAACGUACUGGUAAACAAUCUCCAUGACACUCAAGUGAAACUGUAUGUUCUAUUAAAAAUGGUGAAAAAUGAUGUACUAAAACCACAAAAGAAAGAGGUUACAUCGUUCACGGUGAAGAACAUUGUAUUAUGGAUAGCAGAAAAUAAUCCGCAGUCAUUGUUUCAUGAAAGAAGUUUGUUUCACUGGCUGCAUGAAGGAUUAUAUGCGCUAAGAGUUGCUAUAGAUACGAAAGAGCUGCCCUAUUACAUGAUUCCAGAGCGAAAUCUGAUGGCAGCCUGUGCUCUGGAGCAUGAACAAAAACUUUCUUGGAUAGCCACUAUUGAUGAAAUGAUGAAAGAAGGACAUAGGAUCAUAUUGAGACUACCGAAGAUACGACAAGCUCUUAUUGCUCACCCUGAGCCACUACGAUGGUACAGCGAGAGGAAAAUAGAGCUGGAGUUGCUGGAGCUGAUAUUGACGAACAGAUUCUUCCUUGGCAUGGAUGUAGAGAGGGAUGCUAUUAUACAGGCACUAGGCAGACGUCAGCUUGAGAUUUCGAGAGAAGUUAUGAUGAGGAUCAUUAUGGAAGGGGGUCGAGAAAAUGAUCCUUACAAUGUAUGGGAAAGAAUCCCUUCCGUUGUCUCCCUUGAUGAUCUGGAGGAAAGCCUGGGCUUCUAUCUGGCCCCAAAAAUGGGCGCGACAUUAACGUUUAACUAA